AUGUCGUUUCCGUUUGCCGAGUCGGGGUUUGCUUCCUCCGACGGCGCGUACCGCGGUGCAGAUGCGGCAGACACUUCUGCUGCCGCCGCCGCCAUUCUGCGCACUGCGGUGCCGCCGUUGCUGGACGCUGGCAGCAAGUCACGUGUCUGCGUGGCCUUCUACGAGGCUGCGCGGUGCCCCUUUAGCAACCGCUGCGAGCACGCCCACCACUUCUCGGAGCUUAACAGCUACACACAAAACAAACUACUCGAGAUGGUGCGGGUGGAAAACAUUCCGAAGCACUUCAUGGCGUCGCGGAACCACGGGGCAGACGACAGUGGCAGCAGGAAGGACACCAGCAAGCACGGGUCCGCGGCAUUGUUUCACACGUCGUACACGACGGAGGACAACACCGUUCAUGCCACUUCUGCCGCGACUGCCGCCGUGGACGGUGGUGUUGCCCAUCGAUCGCUGGGGGGGGCGAGUGAGAGGAAGAAGGCGAGCAGCCAUCGUCGCGGUAAGCGAGCGUCCCGGCCUCACGACAUGAGCAGCAGCAACACAAAUUUGUGUGACAACUCCGUGUCGAGCCUCGCCUCCAGCACCGACACAUUUUUUCUUCUUAGCAGCGUUCAAGGGUCAAAGGAGACCUCGCCACAAAAGGGGAUGAAUCGUGAGGGCAUGGAGACGUUUCGCAUUCGCUUGCCACCGCGUUGCCGCUACCCGCACCGAGUCACUCGUGGUACGUACUACGAUGUCCUUGGUGUUCAACGCACUGCGACGCAGGAGGAAAUCAUUGCGAGCUACCGCCGCUGGCAAAAGGAGUAUAAACGCCUGAAGCAGGUCGACCAGCAAAACGCAGACGCUCAUGACACCAUCGUUGUCGAGGCCCGCAACGUUCUUGGUCACCCAGUGCUGCGCAGCGAGUACGACCGCACCCUUCCCAUGCUCUGGAGUAGCAACGCCAACUGCAGUAGGGAGAUGGCGCGCGGUGCAGCGACCCUGUCCCCAACGAACUCCUCGCGCUCAAACAACAUGGAGGCCACCGGCCUCAGCAUGCGCUUAGCGAAAGACAUUUCCGGCGCCGAGACGGUCUCAUUUACGCAUUCAGGGCUCGCAGACGACAGCAUCUGGUGA